UUCCCCUCUGCCUCCUUUUCCACUAUCCUCUCGAGCGGCUUCUCUUCUCUUCUCCUCAGCGUUCCGCUCUCACGGCUCAAGCUCUCGCUUGCAUCUAGCCGCUGUGAUCGGCUGGAUCUCGCGGGAGGAGGCUCUGUCAUGUCGAAAUCCCGGGUGUAUGCCGAUGUAAAUGUUCUCCGGCCCAAGGAAUACUGGGAUUACGAGUCGCUCACUGUUCAGUGGGGGAAUCAAGAUGAUUAUGAGGUUGUGCGGAAAGUUGGAAGAGGAAAGUACAGUGAGGUCUUUGAAGGUAUAAAUGUAACAAAUAAUGAGAAGUGCAUUAUCAAGAUCCUAAAGCCCGUGAAGAAAAAGAAGAUAAAGAGAGAAAUUAAAAUCCUUCAGAACCUUUGUGGUGGUCCAAAUGUUGUAAAACUGUAUGACAUUGUUAGGGAUCAACACUCGAAAACUCCAAGCUUGAUAUUUGAAUAUGUCAACAGUACGGACUUCAAAGUGUUAUAUCCUACAUUGACAGAUUAUGACAUACGAUACUAUAUUUAUGAACUACUCAAGGCUCUAGAUUACUGCCAUUCCCAGGGAAUUAUGCAUCGAGAUGUCAAACCUCAUAAUGUUAUGAUAGACCAUGAGCUACGGAAGCUCCGGUUGAUCGAUUGGGGACUUGCGGAGUUCUACCAUCCUGGCAAGGAGUACAAUGUUCGUGUAGCUUCAAGAUAUUUCAAGGGUCCUGAGCUCCUGGUCGAUUUGCAAGAUUAUGACUAUUCUUUGGACAUGUGGAGUCUGGGUUGCAUGUUUGCUGGAAUGAUAUUUCGAAAAGAACCUUUCUUCUAUGGCCAUGACAAUCAUGAUCAACUUGUCAAAAUUGCCAAGGUUCUUGGUACUGAUGAACUAAAUGUGUACUUAAACAAGUACCGACUAGAGCUAGAUCCACAGCUUGAUGCUCUUGUUGGAAGACACAGCAGGAAACCAUGGUCUAAAUUCAUUAAUGCUGACAAUCAGCACCUUGUUUCUCCAGAGGCAAUAGAUUUCCUUGAUAAACUCCUGCGAUAUGAUCAUCAAGAUAGACUCACAGCACGAGAAGCAAUGGCGCAUCCAUAUUUUCUCCAAGUGAGGGCAGCAGAGAACAGUAGGAUGCGGACCCAGUAAAACGGCAAGUUCAGACGAGUCAAGUUGACAUCAUCCCGCUUGUAGAUUAUUCCCCAUUAUGACACUGCUUUUGGUGCAUCUUUAAUCGUUAGCCCCCAUAGCACUUGGAUGGUGUCGUGUGAUUUUUAUCUUCUGUAGCACUCAUUAUGCAAUUAUGAUGGUGUCUGAUUCUGUUCAGAUUCAGAAAAAAAUGCUAAUACGUUGUCAUUAUGAUGGUGCUUGAUUUUGUUCAGCCGGCAAAAAAACCUUGUAGGCAGCAUCAUGAACAACUUGUCGUCUGUUUGGCUUUGUAACAGUUUAGUUGCUGUUGGCAAAACGGAACAUAAGUAUAUAACACAAAUAUCUUGUUAGCUA